AUGGAUUAUACACACUAUUCAGGCAUGCAUGACCGUCACUCACGUACAGAUUACCUCUUCCUCCAGCAGGAAGAUCUCACCCAAAUACUUAAAGCGACAAUAGGCACCACAAUUUGGUCGGUGCUAAUUAGCGUUGAAUCUCCGCUAGCCAAACCUGCGGAAUUGAUGUGGCUCCUCAAUGAAUCUCUACUGCUAGACCAAGUUCUCAAAGAACAGGUGGAGAAGGCAUUAACCCUCUAUUUUGAUGAGAUUGAUGUAGAUGACAUAUUACCUCUCACGCUGUGGGAAGCACACAAGAGCAUCAUUCGGGGCUGCCUGAUAGGCCACGCGACAAAGAAAAAGAAAGACGCUUCAGGACAUAUCUCGGAGCUUACCACUCAGAUAUCCAAUCUUUAG